AUGUUUCAACAAGCGUCACUCGGCCGACACUGUACAGCGCCGAGGUCAGCAUCGCGGCAAUGCCAAGCUUUACGCACACACAGCGUCAUAGUUGUUGCAUCAGCGGUGGAUACGGGUCCAUCCACGUCGGCGCCGCGAGAGUACAUUAUCCGACGGGCCACGCAAGCAGACUCUCGCAGUAUAGCCGCCGUCUGCGGGGAGUCAUUCGGACGGGGUAACUUCCCGGAACUGGACGUCGAGGCACUGCACCGGUUAGAGGAGCGAUACGCUGCCGUAAUCGAGGAGGACAUGCAGGCCAAGCUGGUGAACGCAUUGGAAGCCAAAGCGCAGGCUCAACGCGAGCAUCGGGAGUUCCGGCUGCGGCAAUACAUGCAGCAAUUGAGAGCGGAGCUGGCGGCGCUUCGAGGGGAGCCCGCGCGGUUCGUAACGCAGCUUUCGCCGCAAGACGCUCGUAUGGUCCAGCGAUGGCGACGCAGCCGGCAGUUCCUGAUACUCGUUGCAGUUGAAAGGAACCCUCAACCAUCACCCACGGCGUCGAUGGUGAUGGCUUCGACAGCAGCGACGAGGGGGACUACCUGUGGCGGCGGCGUGGCGGUGGAGGUGCCAGAGGCUCUGCUGCCGCCGCCAUUUCCUAGCAGCAAGCCCUUCCGCCUGUAUGUCUCCAAUAUGUCGGUCCUGCCGUCACACCGCCGCCGGGGCCUGGCCAGGCGGCUGCUGCAGCAAUGCGAGCGCGUAGCGCGGCUGUGGGGACACUCCUCCCUGUGGUUGCACGUCAAGCAGAAUAACUUCGGGGCGGAAGCGCUGUACCAGAGCAUGGGCUACCGGCGCGUCGAAGAAGGCGGACUGCGGCUACUCCCGGGGCCACUAGCGCACGUGCUCAUGUGCAAGGAGCUUCCACCAUUGCGACAUCGGUGCUCCGUUGCCCUCGGUCAGUCAGCAGCGUAA